GAUGCCAGACACCUUUACAAACCACAUUUACUCGAUUGAGUCGGCUGUAGCUAGACGACUUGUCUCCAAGGAAUGGUAGCAGCAGGCGAGCGCCGCUCCUACGUUGAACAUGCGGAGAACUUCACGCGGGCUUUAUAAGCGCGUCUACUGAGGGAACCUCGUGCAGAGCUCUUGGAUUUUUACUUUCGCAGACGAUGGAAACACGCGGAGUGCGUGUAUGAAGACAUGGCAGGGCUGUGCACAUCCGGGCCACAGUACCGUGACUCCAUUAUUUUCUGUUCACUGUGAAACUGCAACGAAAAGGCAACACGCUCAACUCGUUUAUCUGACAUCGUAACCCUGGGUAAAGGAAAAAGGACAUGUCUAAUCAAGGAGUUAGAAGAAAUGGACCCGUGAAAUUGCGUUUAACAGUGCUUUGCGCAAAAAACCUGGUGAAGAAAGACUUCUUCCGGCUGCCAGACCCCUUCGCUAAGGUGGUGGUGGAUGGUUCAGGACAGUGCCACUCAACAGACACCGUGAGAAACACUCUGGACCCCAAAUGGAACCAACACUAUGACCUGUAUAUUGGGAAGUCUGACUCCAUCACCAUCAGCGUGUGGAACCAUAAGAAGAUCCAUAAAAAACAGGGGGCAGGAUUUCUGGGCUGUGUACGACUCCUCUCCAACUCGAUUAUCCGACUUAAAGACACGGGCUAUCAGCGUUUGGACCUCAACAAGUUGGGACCCAAUGACAGUGACACAGUGAGGGGACAGAUAGUAGUAAGUCUUCAGUCCAGGGACAGAAUAGGCAGUGGAGGGCCAGUCGUAGACUGCAGUCGUCUAUUCGACAAUGAUUUGCCUGACGGCUGGGAGGAGAGAAGAACUGCUUCUGGCCGGAUCCAAUAUCUGAAUCAUAUCACACGCAGCACCCAAUGGGAGAGGCCUACAAGGCCUGCGUCAGAGUACUCGAGCCCCGGCCGGCCCCUCAGCUGCCUGGUGGAUGAGAACACACCCAUCAUGACGCCCAACGGGGCGGCGGGUGUACCUGCAGAUGACCCACGCAUGCAAGAGCGCAGGGUUCGCUCUCAGAGACACAGAAAUUACAUGAGCAGAACUCACCUACACACACCACCCGACCUGCCCGAAGGAUAUGAGCAACGGACCACACAGCAGGGCCAGGUCUACUUUCUCCACACACAGACUGGCGUCAGCACGUGGCAUGACCCCAGAGUGCCCAGGGAUCUUAGUAACGUGAAUUGUGAGGAGUUGGGUCCGUUGCCUCCAGGCUGGGAGAUUAGGAACACGGCCACUGGGCGGGUUUACUUUGUAGACCACAACAACCGAACCACUCAGUUCACAGACCCACGUCUCUCUGCUAACCUGCACCUUGUCCUAAAUCCCAGUCCAAAUGGUUCCCGAAGUGCCGUUGAGGCUCAGAGCAGUCGUCCCGGGCAGCUGAAGGAGCAGGCCCAGACUGUCGUGUCUCCCGGAAAUCUCCCAGAAGACCCAGAAUGUCUCACGGUGCCCAAGUACAAGCGAGAUCUGGUGCAGAAGCUGAAGAUCUUGAGACAGGAGCUGUCCCAACAGCAGCCUCAGGCGGGACACUGCCGUAUCGAGGUCUCCCGCGAGGAGAUCUUUGAGGAAUCAUACCGGCAGGUGAUGAAAAUGAGGCCGAAGGACCUGUGGAAGAGGUUGAUGGUGAAGUUUAGAGGCGAGGAGGGUCUCGACUAUGGAGGAGUUGCUAGGGAGUGGUUAUACUUGCUUUCACAUGAGAUGUUGAAUCCGUACUACGGGCUCUUCCAGUAUUCACGAGAUGACAUCUAUACGCUACAGAUCAACCCUGACUCUGCUGUUAAUCCGGAGCACUUAUCCUAUUUCCACUUUGUGGGGAGGAUCAUGGGAAUGGCAGUUUUCCAUGGCCACUAUAUAGAUGGUGGCUUUACUCUACCCUUCUAUAAGCAGUUGCUAGGGAAACCCAUCACUCUCGAUGACAUGGAGUCAGUAGACCCGGAUCUCCAUAACAGCCUCGUCUGGAUCCUCGAUAAUGACAUCACUGGGGUGUUGGACCACACGUUUUGUGUAGAACACAAUGCAUACGGAGAGAUCAUUCAACACGAAUUAAAACCCAAUGGCAAGAGCAUGCCCGUCACCCAGGAUACCAAGAAAGAAUAUGUCAGGCUGUAUGUGAACUGGCGUUUCUUGAGGGGUAUCGAGGCUCAGUUUCUGGCCCUGCAGAAAGGAUUCAACGAGGUCAUCCCACAACAUCUUCUCAAGUCAUUUGAUGAGAAAGAGUUGGAGCUUAUUGUGUGUGGCCUCGGUAAGAUCGACAUCAACGACUGGAAGUCAAACACUCGUCUGAAGCACUGCACGGCUGACAGUAACGUAGUCAAGUGGUUCUGGCGGGCCAUUGAGUCGUACGAUGAGGAGCGGAGAGCCAGGCUGCUGCAGUUUGUCACCGGCUCCUCAAGAGUUCCCCUGCAAGGAUUUAAAGCCCUGCAAGGUGCUGCCGGACCACGUCUUUUCACCAUCCACAUGAUCGACGCCAGUGCCAACAACCUGCCCAAAGCGCACACUUGCUUCAAUCGCAUCGACAUUCCUCCAUACGAGAGCUACGAUAAACUCUACGACAAACUGCUGACGGCCAUCGAGGAGACCUGCGGCUUUGCUGUGGAAUGAUAGUGUGUCACUAGCGGCCGCAGAGGAACCUUUCUCCAGGCGGAUCUGUCCUGUCACACAGCCGACCGAACCGCGGGCCUCACCUUUUCCCCUCACGGAAGAUGAGACUCAGACGGAGCGGCUGAUGACGCUUGGAUCAAGCCACAGCACUCGAAGCCGAAUGCUGCUAUAUGGAAUUUUCUGCAUUAUUUGAAAAGAAGAAAACAACUUUUGUCUUUUCAGCUGCUAGUAACUCUCUGACUAUUUACUUAAUAUUUUUUGGAUCCUCCUCUUCUUCUUUUUUGUUGUCCGUAUGUUGAUUUAUUGUUUGCAUUAAGACCAACGAUAUUAACCGUAUUUCAUGUAGCAUUUUUACCAACUAGACUCUAGCAGAAGCUGAACUUUUGCGGGGAACAAAGAAAGCACGCUCCGGCAUAAGCUAACAUAGACGCACUACUGUCCUUACCGAAGACAAGAGAGGAAGAUGCCAAUGUCAACAAAGUACUGCAAACCAUUUGCGUAUGCCUUUGGGACACCUGCAAAUCUUGUCUUGUUGUGCAGGGUGUUGAUUCUUGCUACAUUAGUGCAGCAAGCUUGGACAUCCACGAGCCGCGCAUUUGAAUUUCCUUGCAGUCAGGGAACACGAUUAAAGGCCCUGCUGGGCUCUUCUGGGCUGUCCUACACUAGAUAUUAUCUAACUACCUGUGCACCAUUCCCCAAGACUGUCGGACUCAUAAACUUGUUAAAAGUGAAUGAUUGAAUAAACAAACUGUUAGGUAGGUAGGUCUAGCUUUAUUUUUAUAUGGUGUAAGAGGAUGGGGUUAAAAAGAAAAAAAGAUAUACAGAAGAUAUAAUAUAUUGGCAACGUGAUGGAAACCGUUGCCGAUGAUUCCAAAAAAUGAAGUUUAAAAAAGGAUGGACGCGUCGAGAUGAUACAGUAUCUGAGAUUCAGUUGGAUUUACAUUUAGCUUUUGAAUUUUUUGUUUUGUUUAGUUUUUUUAGGAAUAAAGAAAUAUUGUGAAGAAAAACAUUUGAAUAUGUUGUUCAAUCAGUGUCUCCUUUUUUCUUAUAAUGGGAUUCUGAUCUGUCUCUGAUGUCAAUUGAACCCUUUAAGAAUUAAAUAUGGUGCAUAUGUAUGAGCAUGUUAAUGAGACGUGAAGUGUCUUCCAUAUCAUUCAUUUUCAGAGUCAUAAAACAAGAAAUGCAAUUGUUUACCCCUCAUGGAAAUUAAGGGAGAGUAGUGUUCACUUGCUAUUUUUGUAAUUUAUUAUUAACUCAUUGUAGUACCAAUAUACCAUGGACACAUUUUACCAUGCUGCAUUUUCACUGGCCUCCAGUGAGCAUUACAAAUGAACUGCAGGAGGAUGGCUGUACUGAAGAAAGAAGAAGAAAAGUCUAUAUUUUAUCAUUCAGAAAUUGUUUUUAAAGUGUAAAACUCUUAGAACAGAACAAAAAGCAUGUUGAAUGUGCUCUUUGUUGUCUCCAAUGCACAGCUUGAAACAUUGAUUAACCAUUUCCUUCAGGGUUAUUAAAAUAAGCUGCAUAAAGAAACUAAUGCAGUUUAUAUAAAUACACACAUAUAUUUAUAUAUCUCACAUCUUUUUGUUACUUUUUUUUUACAAAUUGAGUGUGAAGAAGGUGAAAAAAAAAAUACAAAUAAAUAAAAAAAGCCACUGGAUGGAUCAAUUAAGUAUUCUGAGAUGGUGUUUGUAUGGUUAUAAAAUAUAGUUCAUCUAUGUGGAUCACUGACUGUCACUUUUCUGUAAUUUAAUUCGAUUUGAAAGAGGAAAAAAUACACUAUAAUGGCUGUAUAUAAUAGACAACAAAAUCUAUUUACCACACACUUUCUGGAUUAUGUUCUGAAUGAUUAUACAUUUCAUUUGAAUUCUGGUGCACACAUAAAGAUCUCUUUGUCUUCUCUUCUUUUUAACUUGUUUUAUUGUGUUGUUAAAAAGGCUUCCAGAUGGACCGGAUGCCUUAAUGAGUUUUAGGAUUUUAAAGGGUUAUUCCUUUUCAGCAUGAUUUACUAGCAACACUUUUAACUUUCAUAGCUGACCGGUGCAAUUUGCUAAAUGUAAGACGCAUUAUCAUUUUUGUAAGAGUGUUUUAUUUUUGUGUGUAUUUAGAUCUGAUUAAACUUGCCUUCAUGAUGAGAUAACAGUGGCCGUCUGGCUCUGUAUGACUUUGUUUAAACGAUUGCAUAGAAUACGCAAGGGAUAAUGUACUUCAUGCAACACAAACCACAACAAGGUGAUCCGGAGUCUUAUGGGUUUUUACAUCAUCCCAAGAGGACUGUACAUGACC